CUGACCAUGCCGCCAUGCCCCAAACGAGCCCCAGCAUGGAGCACUUGUGAGCUGCAGGACCUCAUCAGCGUUUGGGGUGAGGAAGCUGUGCAGUCACAGCUGCACUCCAGCCAUAGAAAUUAUGAUACCUAUGGGCAGAUAUCAAAGUCCAUGCUGCAGAGGGGCCAUGAACGGGACGCAUUGCAGUGCAGGGUUAAAGUAAAGGAGCUGCGGAGUGCCUAUUGCAAAGCCCAUGAGGGAAACCGCUGCUCAGGAGCUGCCCCCACGACCUGCCGUUUUUACAAGGAGCUGGAUGCCAUACUUGGGUGUGACCCCACUGCCAAUCCGAGGACCACGAUGGAGAGUUCAGAGCAGGGAGAAGAGGGGAAGGGUGUAGAGAAAACUGAGAGUGAGGCUACUGGUGUGGAGGGAGACACCCCGGAGUCCCAGGAGGCACGCAGCCAGGAGCUCUUCUCAAGCCAGGAGGAAGCUAGCCAGUCGCAGCAGCUGGAACUUGUUGGUGUAGAAGAAGCAGAGGAGCGGGUUCCCAUGUCCUUGAAUCCUCCAGCCCUAUCACAGCCUGCUGAAAGACUACAGAACUUGAGGCGGAAACCAAGGAAAAGCAAAGAAGAUUUGGUGAAAGCAGUUAUGAAUCAGUAUACCAGAGAGAAUAAGAGGCUGCAGGACUGGAGAGAGAAAAUGCAUCAGUGGAGGGAAACACAAAGCAGGAGAAAGGAAUUGGCUAUCAAGAAAAGCAGAAAGCAGCUGAUAAGCCUCCUGGCGCGCCAAACGGACUGUAUGCAGUCACUUGUAGCCAUGCAGGCAGAUCACUACCGUGCUAACCCCUCCUCCCCCAAAGCUCUCUCCCUUGUGCCCCAGUGUUUGCUCAAAACCCCUUUCUCCAGCGGCCUGGUUCUUACCACCACCAGCUGCCCCCAACACCUGUACGUUCACCUACCAGCCCUGAGAACUACGACCCUUACCCUAUGCACUCAACCCCUGUCACCAUGCAGCAUAUUAAUCCUGAAGUGCAGCAGGCAUUGCACAGCAAUCUAGGCAGGACAUAUUCAAACCUCUGAAUGUACAGUUCAGCACCCUACCCCCUGCCCUUUUAUGUACUGUAUUUUGAAUAAAUGAUUUCUUGGCUUUUAAAACAGUUUUUAUUAUUGCAGAAAGUGAAACAUACUGUACCCUAAGGGAAAAACAGGCACUGCAAAUCAUUGUAACCACUGCACUUCACUCCGGUGCAAGGCACCAAACAUUACUGUUGGCUUUCAGCCUCAAAUUUCUCCCUUAAGGCAUCCCUAAUCCUUGAAGCCCUGUGCUGGGUCUCUCUAGUAGCCCUGCUCUCUGGCUGUGCAA